GUGUGUAUUAAAAAAACAAGAAAAUAAAAAUAAAACGAAAGAAAAAAUUGCGGCGGUAAAUAACAAAAUAAAAUUUCAAUUUCGUAUUGAUAACAUAAUGUCGAAAACGAAAAAACAAUCAUUAUCCGGUGGAGGAGGAAAUGGUGAUUCUUUGGAGAUAUUGAAUUAUAAACCUAAAGAUUUAGUAUGGGCUAAGAUGAAGGGUUUUGCCCCAUGGCCAGCUAUGAUUGUUGAGCCACCUCUAGAAUUAUUAAAUAAUACACACAAAACAAGUUCAAAAUGUGUAUUCUUUUUUGGAUCCCGCAAUUUCGCCUGGAUUGAAAUCAAUAAUAUCAAACCCUUCGAGGGACCAUGGAAAGAACAAUUAUCAAAAUUAAAUAAACCAGCAUCGUUCCGUCAGGCCAUGGAGGAUAUUAAAAAACACAUGGAAGAUCCUACCGAAAUCGAUGAGUUCAUUAGUAAAAGUACCGGUAUACGCAGCCAACCGACCGAAGCCGAUUUUGAUAAGAUACGUGAUGGUUAUACAACGGAAGAUGAAAACACCAUCGAUACAAAUGCAAAUAAUUUGGACAACAAUAACGGAGAAAUUUCCGAUUUAGAUGAGAAUAAAGAUGGUGUUGCAGCAGGGGCGGCGACGACGACACCGGUGGUGACUAAAACACCCGCAAAACGUGUACCCAAGCCAAAAGCCUCCACCGCACCUACAACAAAAAUCGCCAAAUCGACCAUAUCGUCGAAGGCAUCAACAACAAAACGACGCGCCUCACAAACACCGGCCACCACAAAACGUAAACGUAACGAUACAACGCCGCCACAUAUCAAUAAUGACUAUUUGGAAGAGACUGCAUCGCCGCGUCGUCGUAUACUCAACGAAGCUUUAGCACACAUUGGCGGUAGUAUUAGUCCACCGCGUCGCAAUAAUACGUCCAUUGCCUUGUUGGAACGGCCACAUGUUAGGGUACCCGAAACACAAACUAUCGAUAUGAGUACGCGUUCACAGACACUGGCCGAACGUGAUAUUGUACCAUCGGAUUUGACAUUUGGUUUCUUGGGUUUGGGUAUAAUGGGUUCGGCCAUUGUCAAGGAUCUAAUAUGUACCGGACACAAGGUGAUUGUGUGGAAUCGUACAAUGUCAAAAUGUGAACCAUUUAGAGAGGCUGGGGCAGAUGUUAAAGAAACGCCGGAGGAUGUGGUAAAUGCAGCUGACAUUAUCUUCUGUUGUGUUUCAGAUCCAAAGGCCUCAAAGGAUUUGGUUUUCGGCAACUGCGGUGUCUUACGUGCUGAUCUAUGCAACAAAGCCUAUGUUGAAAUGUCCACAAUAGAUCCAGAAACCUCACAAGAUAUUGCCGAGGGCAUAACACAAAGUAAUGGCCGUUAUCUGGAGGUACAAAUCCAUGGCACCCGCCAAGAAGCUGAAGAUGGCAUGCUAAUCAUAUUGGCCGGUGGCGAUCGUACGGUAUUCGAUGAAUGUCAAUCCUGCUUUAAAACAAUUGCCAAAAACACAUUCUUCUUGGGAGCAGAUGUUGGCAAUGCGUGCAAAGUAAAUUUGAUACUACAGACCAUAUUGGGCGUAAGUUUGGUUGGUUUAUCAGAGGCCUUAGCAUUGGCUGAUCGUUUUUCAAUUUCUCUAAAGGAUAUAUUGGAUAUUUUCCAAUUAACAUCUAUGAAAUCAGAUUUAUUAUUAGCCAAAGGCAGAGAAAUGGCCAAAGGCGAUUUCAAUCCCCAACAACCGCUCAGUCAUAUGCAAAAAGAUUUACGUUUAGUUCUAAGUAUGGCCGAAAAUCUAGAUCAAUCAAUGCCUGUUACAUCGAUAACAAAUGAAGUUUUCAAACACACCAAACGUCUGGGCUAUAGUGAACACGAUUCCAGUGCUGUAUUUGUAAGAUCCAGAUUUUAACAAUUAGUUAAUACUGCGCUAUUAUUUGACACAAACAUUAAUACAAUACAAACCGCAACAACAACAAAAAACACAGCGACAACCACAACAACUGCAACAAAUACAGAAAAUAACACCAACAACAAUAAUAUUUAAAUUAAAUGAUUUAUAGACUAUCAUUUAGGUUCUUUUUUACAUUGGGAUAAAGAUUGAGAUAUAACCACACACAUCGUCUUGUAUAAACUUAAAGUUUAUUUAAAAAAGUAAAUAAAUAAAUGAAA